AUGUCAGACAGAUCUUCGACGCACUCGUCCAUUACCCAGGUCCCACCCCAGGCACUGUUGGACAACGGACGGGGAUCCAGACAUGGGCCAUAUUUUGACUCACUACCAAACACGCCCAACACCUUGGUUCAAGACCAGGGACCUAUGUCCCAUCAUGACAUGGCCAUGGCCAAGGAUGGCUACGAGGAGAAGGACGCCGCACAGUACGAGCGUUUUUCGCCGGCGCGGAAAGCCGUCAUUGUCUCGAUACUCUCGUACUGUGCGUUCCUGGCACCCAUAUCGUCCACGGCCAUCUUGGCGGCAGUACCUGAGCUAGCAAAGACAUAUGAGACCACGUCGGACAUCAUCAACGCGAGCAACGCCCUAUAUCUGGCCUUCAUGGGCAUUGCCUCGACAUUCUGGGGGCCUGUCAGCCAAGUCUGGGGUCGUCGUCCGAUAUUCAUCGUCAGCGGUUUCUUGUUCUUUGCAUUUACCCUCGCCACCACUUUGUCCCCGAAUCUCCCAGUAUACUGUGUCUUCCGAGUCUUGACAGCCUUUCAAGGCACGUCCUUCCUCGUGGUUGGUAGCUCGGCCAUCGGAGAUAUCUACGAGCCACGAACCCGAGCCUCCGCAAUGGGAUGGCUCCUAUCAGGCAGCAUGACAGGACCUGCUCUGGGGCCUUUCUUCGGCGGCGUGAUCGUAACCUUUCGACCCUGGCGAGUCAUCUUCUGGCUCCUCACAGCAAUGACCGGCCUCGCCUGCAUACUCUUGAUCUUUUUCUUCCCCGAAACCAUUCCCGCAACAACAAAGCUCGAGUUGCAAGGCCGUCCCCUCCCCACCCAAGCCAAGCUUCUCUGGCAACGCGUCUCCCCCACCCGCGUCACGGGCCUCCUUAUAUCAUACCCCAACCUCUUCCUCACCGGCCUCGCAGCCGGCGCCCUCGUCUGGAACCAGUACGCUCUGCUCACGCCCAUCCGCUCGCUACUCAACCCACGCUUCCACCUCACGACCCCCAUCCAAGCAGGCCUCUUCUACCUCGCCCCAGGGGCGGGUUACCUAGCAGGGACCUUCGUCGGCGGACGCUGGGCAGACCACGUCGUCCGCAAGAGCAUCCACCGACGCAACGGGCUCCGCAUCCCAGAAGACAGGCUUCUCUCAUGUCUACCCUACAUCUGCAUCGCCUGCCCCGGCUGCAUCCUCGUCUACGGCUGGACGGUCCAGACCGAAGUCGGCGGAAUCAUCGUCCCCGUCCUCGCCAUGUUCGUGCAGGGCGUCGCCCAGCUCUUCUGCUUCCCCAGCCUCAACACCUACUGCCUCGACGUCAUGCACGACAAGGGCCGCAGCGCUGAAGUCGUCGCUGGUAACUACGUCUUCCGCUAUGCCUUUGCCGCCCUGGGAACAGGUGUCGCCCUCCCUGCUAUCGAUGGUCUCGGCGUCGGCUGGUUCAAUACUAUAUCUGCGCUGUUCUUGGCACUCAGCGGCGGCGGGGUGUGGUUGAAUGCUGUGUUUGGGCCUAGAUGGCGUGAGGCUAUCGACGCGAAGCAAGAGAGAAAGAUUGCGAGACAGAAGGGGAUAGAGUGA